UGUUUACAUGCGCGUUCCGAACAAAACGAAGCCAUCAGCCGCGAAAUCCACCCGCCGCCGGUGUGCUUGUUUGCAAAUUCCGCGUAAAAUACACUGUCUUAUCAAAACUUUAAAGGCUCUCGAAACUAUUUAGGGACAGAAAUGAAGCUCGGAACUAAGGAAGACCCCACAAAUAACCCAGCAGCGGACGCAUCCGACGACGAGGAGGAAGAGGACCUGCACGACACUUCCAGCAUAGGAAGCACUUGCACCGAUAACACUUCCAACGGAAGCGAGAGUCAUCCGAACCGGAAGAAACGGAGGCGCCCCAAGAAGAAACCACCAAAGGUGACCCGUCCUUUGUUCAAGUUUGCGUGUUACGUGAAGGAAGAUCACGGCCAGCCCCUGUUCGGGUGCCAGUUCAAUCAUAAUCUGAAGAAGGGGGAGCUUCCGGUGUUUGCCGCCGUUGGAAGCAAUCGCGUGACGAUCUAUCAGUGCUUGGAAAACGGAAAUCUCAAACUGUUGCAGUGCUACUCCGAUCCGGACGUUGACGAGAUAUUCUACACCUGUGCGUGGUCCCAUGAGAGUGAAACGGGACGCCCAAUUUUGGCCGCAGCUGGGCUGCGAGGAGUUAUUCGUGUUUUCAGUCCCGCUACGUUGAACACGGCUAAGCACUACAUUGGCCACGGACAUGCCAUCAACGAGGUGAAGUUCCAUCCCAAGGAAUACUAUCUGCUGCUGUCGGCCAGCAAGGACCAUUCGCUGCGGCUGUGGAAUACCAAGACUGAUGUUUGCAUAGCGGUUUUCGGAGGGGUGGAAGGCCAUCGAGAUGAGGUGUUGAGUGCGGAUUUCGAUAUCCUGGGAUCGCGGAUUAUGUCCUGCGGAAUGGAUCACUCGUUGAAGAUGUGGCGUUUGGAUACUGAUACCAUGAAAGACGCCAUUCGAGGAAGUUACACGUUCAAUGUUUCGAAGGCGGUUUAUCGGUUUCCCACGGUCAACGAGCAUUUUCCGGUCUUUUCGACGAGAGAUAUCCACCGAAACUAUGUGGACUGCGUCAGAUGGAUGGGGGAUUACAUUCUGUCCAAGUCGUGCGAGAACACCAUCGUCUGUUGGAAGGCAGGCAAGAUCGAUGACGUGGAAAUCAAGAACAAUGACACCACGACCACGGUCCUGAGUACUCUGGAGUAUAAGGAGUGCGAUAUUUGGUUCAUUCGUUUUUCGUUAGACUACUGGCAAAAGUAUUUGGCGCUGGGAAACCAAAACGGCAAGACCUACCUCUGGGAGCUGGAUACGGAUGAUCCCGUUCAUCCCAGAUGCAGCCAGCUGUAUCAUCCCAAGUGCACAACCGCCAUACGGCAGACCUCGUUCUCCAGGAACGGCGAUGUACUGAUCUGCGUCUGUGACGAUGGGACCGUUUGGCGCUGGGACAGAACCUCGUAGACUUUGGGCGGCCUGAGGGGAUACUUUUGCUAUUUUUCCAUUCACCUGUGUGUGUAUUUAUUUUUAAGAGUCGAUUAUUAAUACAAUUGUAAAAUUAA